UGUUUUUGUGUGUGUGUGAACAAGGUUAUCACCAGCAAUCGAUCAAUCAAUCAAUCGAUACGUGAUGAUUAAAAUUGGGAUAAUGUUUAUGCGUGUUUAUAAACACAAUCCACACACACACACAACAGUUGGACCUAAAAAGAAAUAAUCACAUUUGGCGACAAGUUUUUCAUGUAUUGAACACUAGAUGGUGACAAUUGAAAUUCAUUGAAAUUCCUCCUUUUUUUUAUCCUCCUCAUGGCAUGAUUCAAUUCAUAAUUGAAUCGAACUGAAUAUCAAUGCAUGCAGUAUGAUUGUUACUUGCAUAAUUUUGCAGUGACUUUGAUAAAUCUUAACGCUAUUUGCUUUCUCAUCAUUUCAGCAUUAUUUGUUUUUUGUUGUUGUUGUUUCUCUUUCGAUUUAGAUGCUGAUGAGCACAUCUCUAUAAUUUUUUUUUUUUUUUUUUUUUGAUGAAUUCAUUCCGUAUAUAUAUCGCUUAGAACAUUUAUUGAAUUUUGUCUCAAACAAUGUUGGCAUCAUCAUCAUCAUCCUUAUUAUUCAUUAACCCUACUGUUAAGCUGGCAACAAUUCCUUUUUCAAUCAUGUAUACCUUUGCUAUUGCUUAACGACAGCUUUAUUUUUAUUUUCUAAAAAAAUUCAAAGUCAUUUUGACGAAUCAAAAUAAUUGUAAACAAUUUCCAUCACUACCAUCGUUGGAAUCGCUCCAUUUGGCCGUUGUUUCGAUUCAAUUAUUGGUCCACAAGUGAACAUUUUCAUCAUACUAGAAUUGGUUUGUCUACAAUGAAUCCUAUCAUUACUGAAUCAAAAUUACCUUUGCUUCGAUUCGGUGUUGUUGCUGAUGUUCAAUAUGCUGAUAAUGAUGAUAAACAAGCCUGGUAUAAUCCAACUAAAACACGAUUCUAUCGAAAUUCAUUGAAACAAGUGACAAAAGCAUUCGAAUAUUGGGAAUCUAUUGGCAGAUCGGAUGGCGAUUGUCCUAUUGGAUUCAUCCUUCAAUUGGGCGAUAUUAUCGAUGCAUUAAGCAAAUCAAUCUGUAGCCGUUCAGCUAUUGAUCGUACGCUAGGUUGUUUUUUAAACAAUGCUAAAAUGCCUACUUUUCAUACGGUUGGAAAUCACGAACUUUAUAAUUUUAACCGAUCUGAACUUUGUCAUUUGUUCGAUGAAUAUCUUUUCCAUCAUGGUGUACAUGAAAGUUUGAAUGUUUCUCAUCCGAAUGUGAAUGGAAUUGAUACGAAAACAUUGUAUUAUCGAUUCAAACCUCGACCUGGUAUUAAAUUCAUAUCAUUAGAUACUUAUGACAUAAGCGUAUUGGGAUAUGAUCAAAAUCAUCCAAAAUAUCAGCUAGCAUCAAACGUAUUACGAUCAUAUCAUCAUUGUGAUGAUUGGAAUGUAUGGGACAGUGAUAAGGAUUUAAACGAUGCUGAUAAACGAUUUCAAUCAUCGAAUGGAGCAUUAAGCCCAGAACAAUUACAAUGGUUGGAUGCUGAACUAACUGAAUCGGAUCUUAUGAACGAAAUGGUCAUCGUAUUCGGUCAUGUUGGCCUACAUCCAGAAUCCUGUGGCUGGGAUUCAAUACUUUGGAAUUAUGAUCAAGUUAUCGAUUGUUUUAAUCGUCAUGAAUCAGUGGUAGCUUAUUUUAAUGGCCAUGCACAUAAUUGUGGCUAUGCAUAUGAUGGUAAUGUUCAUUAUAUUGUUCUGCAUGGCAUUAUAGAAACACCACCAGAUAUUGAAGCAUUCACUACGGUUACUAUUCAUGAUGAUCAUAUGCUUAUUGAUGGUAUGGGUGUUGAACGAAAAAUUCUCGCCAGUUAUCAUAAAACAUUUGCCUUCGAUCCUAUUGUUCCAGAUUAUAAUGUUCAAAAUCAUUUGAUUAGAAUGCCUAUUACAGUUGGCCUUGAUGAAUAUCAUACGGAGAUGGAUAUUCCUAAUACAAUCAAAAUCAAAGUCUAGUUUUUAUUCUUAACCAAUUUUAAUGAUUGUUACUAUUAUUUUUUUUUGAUUAAUAUAGAUUAUUUUAAUUUUAUAAUAAUAAUAAGAUAAGAAUUGUCAAUGUCAUUUAAUAUAUUGCUUUUCUUGUUGCGUUGUUAGCCAAUUCAAAUAAAAUGGUAUUCGUGAGAUUUUUUUCUUUA